AUGAGCACGGUCUGGUACACAGCUUUUCAAGAACUGGGCCCAUUUAUUGCCACAUUUGCGGAUUCAAAGUUAUCCGGGUUGAAAAUCAAGGACGGACAGGUGUGUGAAACAGAUGGUCGUGAUUCGGAGAAUGUCAUAUCAGAUAUGAUCGAGUUUGAAAAGCUCCCAGCCGGAUGUUAUAUGCCAGAGAAAGAAACUGAAGAAGAGGAAGCAGAUGAUAGUGGACAAGAAUCGGAUCCUGGGGAUGAGUCUGGACAAUUGAUUGAUGGACUACAGCACAUGCUCGAUACAUGGACAGCUGGCCGGAAGAAAUCAUCUACUCGAAGCGCACCACCGAGUGUCAUUGACGGUGAACCAUCAAGUUCUGGUGAGCAAGUGAGUAUCGCAGCUAAAUGCAACUCAUCAGAUGAUUUAUCCAAGAUCGGCCUUGAUGACACUGAGUACAAUGAGGACGAUGAUAUGGACCUGCUAGACACUACACUGAACGAUCUCGGUUUGGAUGAUAGCAGUAGCAGUGGAGAGCAAGAAAGUCCAAAGAAAUCCAAAGAGGUUUGUUGAAU